CGGUAUUGAAACGCGUGCCUGGUUAGGGCUUAGAGGGCUAUUCGGUCUUCUACCUUUUCAGUAGUCCGAAGCUCAGUGGGAUUUUACUUUUAUAUUCUGCGCCGUGCCAGUUGGGAAUUCACAGUCCUUUCAUUCUUUCUCUCUAUUUUUUGGAGGGUACUCGUUUAUUUUGCAGAAGAUUUAAGGAGGCCAUCCGAGGAUUCAAAGCCAAUGAGAAUGGAGGAACCCGAAGAUGAUAAUGAGGACAAAAAAAGCUUGACUUCCAUGGCGGAUAACCGUAAGAAGAAACCCUCAAGUAAUGGCAACAAUACUUCUGUUUCUAACUCGAAAUCGCAUCCCAAAGAAGCUAAAGUGAAGAAAGAAGAGCCCGUAGACGAUGAUGAUGAAGACCAAGACUUUAAAAUGCCCAUCAAGGGUUCUUCAUCUGGGUCACGCGCCAAAUCAACCAAGCUCAAAAAGGAAGAGGAGAGUGAUGGUGAAGAUGAAAAACCCAUCUCCAAACGAAGCGGAGCCAAAGCAAACAAGCCCAAAAUCGAAGAGAGCGACGAUGAAGAUGAAAAACCCAUCUCCAAAAGAAGCUCCGCUACUAAAGCAGAUAAGGAAAAGGAGCUGAGGAAAAAGAAGAAAAAGGGGGAAGAAAAGAAAGCGGCAGAUGGGAAGGAAAAGAAGCGGGAGAAGAAGGUUUAUGAUUUGCCUGGUCAGAAGAGAGAUCCUCCUGAGGAGAGGGAUCCGCUGCGGAUAUUUUAUGAGACAAUGUACCAGCAAAUCCCUCAUAGUGAAAUGGCACAAGUCUGGAUGAUGGAGUCUGGUUUGCUCCCCCUUGCUGAAGCAAAGAAAGUCUUUGAAAAGAAACAAAAGAAGAUUCUACAGCAAAAGCUUACUUCCCCCGUCAAAGCUGUUUCAGCUACAAAGUCUGUCACUGUUAAGAAAACUCCUACCGUAUCUCCGGGUUCUUCGAAUAAAAAUAAAACUGAUUCCAAGGUUGCCCCAAAGCAGACCAAGAAACGCAUGGCUGAAGAAAGUGAAAGCUCCGAUGAUGAUUUCGUGAAUACUUUGGCCAGUAGAAUGAAGAAACAGAGAGCAAACUAAUUAUGUUUUCCCACCAUAACUGAUUGUUUCUAGCUUAUUCUGUCGUGGUACUCCACUCAUUUGAUCUUCGUUGAUUAGUUGUACCAAUACUAAUUUGAUUCCCGCCUGAUUGAACUGAUCGUAAGUGAUCAUUACAUUGUUUAGUUAACAUGGAAUGGAAGAACUAGUUUC